AUGGGUGUACAUCAUCUCCUUCGUCACAAAGAGCCCGUCCUCCUCUUCAUCGCCUGUGCCGCCGUCGGUGCCGUCUCCUAUAUCACCGUCUACUACAUUCCUAUUUACUUCCAAUUUACUCAAGGCGACGAUGCCAUUCACUCUGCUGUUCGACUCUUACCUUUCAUUUUCCUCCUCAUUACCACUAUCCCUGCCAGUGGCGCCGCCAUGUCUCGACUCGGAUACUAUAAACCGUGGUAUCUCGCUGGGAGUAUCAUAGCCCUAAUUCCGGCUAUUCUUAUGGGUAGCCUCCCCUCCUUUCAACCCAGGUCAUCACCCCCCCACACCUCCGCCAAAACCAUCUACGGCCUCGAAAUCCUCCUCGGUCUCGGCGCCGGAGCAUACACCCAGGACUCUUUCGCCGUGAUCCAAGCCGUGAUUCCUCCGCCCGAAGCAUCCAACGGUCUAACACUCAUGCUUCUAGCACAGUUAAGCGGCAUGACCCUCGGCCUCUCCCUCAGCGGCGCCAUCUUCGUUAAUAGAGUCUAA